UUUGAAGUUCUUGAGGGACCGGACCGAAGCCGAAACAUCAUCUCAUCAUCUCACAUCUCAUCCGCUCCCUUCUCCUCUCAACGGUCCUCUCUCUCUCUCUCUCUCUCUCUCUCUUCCCUCUCACAUACACUCUCUCUCUCUCGCUCCACUCUCUCUUCUUCAACGACUGCCUGAGCUCAAUUCGAUCCCCAGACGGCGCCAUCUUCCCAGGGAAAGCUCAAUUUUCUCGGGAGAAACCACAGCUGCGAAGAAAUCUCUGUGCAGAGCAAAUAAAUCACUGUCGGAGCACCGUUUCUGCUUCAGGAACACUUGAUUCUCGGCAUGUCUAAGACUCCAAGUGAUCCGCUUAUGCAAGUAGAGACAACAUGCGGGACACUUCUAUAUGAGCUCCAGAUAAUCUGGGAUGAAAUUGGGGAAUCUGAUGGUGAUCGAGAUAAAAUGCUGCUUGAGCUUGAACGAGAAUGUCUGGAAGUUUACAGAAGGAGGGUAGACCAGGCAAAUCGAUCCAGAGCUCAGUUACGGCAAGCAAUUGCUGAUUCUGAAGCAGAACUUGCGGCCAUCUGUUCAGCAAUGGGUGAGCGGCCAUUGCACAUAAAGCAGCCUGAUCAGAAUACCGGAAGCUUGAAGGAAGAGCUGCAGAACAUUCUUCCACAACUAGAGGAGAUGCGGAAAAGGCAAUGUGACAGAAGAAAUCAGUUUAUUGAAGUUCUCGAGCAGAUUCAAGGAAUUGCAAAUGAAAUGUCUAUGUACACUGACAAAAAAUGUUCGAAACUGGUUUUGGACGAGUCUGAUCUAUCUUUGAGGAAGCUUGAGGAACUCCAUAGACAGUUACAUGCACUUCAAAAAGAGAAGACUGAUCGCCUGAUGCAGGUUCAGGACCACUUGAAUGUAUUAAAUUCACUCUGUUUGGUGCUUGGUUUGGAUUUCAAGCACACUGCUGCAGAGGUUCAUCCGAGCUUAGUUGAUUCUGAAAGAUCCCGGGACAUAAGUAAUAACACAAUUGAAAAGCUGGGUGCUGCAAUAGCAAAACUAAGAGAGGUCAAAUUACAGAGGAUGCAAAGGCUUCAAGACCUUGCCACAAAUAUGCUGGAGCUGUGGAAUUUGAUGGAUACGCCAGUUGAAGAGCAACAGAUGUUUCAGAAUGUUACUUGCAAUAUAGCUGCAUCGGAGCACGAAAUAACUGAACCUAAUACUCUCUCAGUUGACUUCAUCAGUUCUGUUGAAGCAGAAGUAGCUCGGCUGGAGGAGUUAAAGUCGAGCAAAAUGAAAGAACUUGUUUUGAAGAAGAGGGCAGAAUUAGAGGAAAUUUGCCGCAAGACGCAUUUGAUUGCUGAAGCAGAUACAGCCGUUGACUAUGCCAUAGCAGCUGUAGAGUCUGGAGGUGCUGACCCUGCUUGUGUUCUCGAACAAAUUGAACUGGAGAUCGCUAAAGUCAAAGAAGAAGCCUUCAGUCGGAAAGAACUGCUUGAGAAGGUCGAGAAAUGGUUGGCUGCUUGUGAAGAGGAGUCGUGGCUUGAAGAAUACAACAGGGAUGACAACAGAUACAAUGCUGGACGAGGUGCUCAUCUUACUCUUAAACGGGCUGAGAAGGCUCGUGCUUUGGUUAACAAAUUACCAGCAAUGGUGGAGGCUCUGGCUUCAAAAACCUUGGCAUGGGAGAGAGAGAGAGGCAUGGAAUUCACUUAUGAUGGCAUCCGCCUUCUGUCUAUGCUGGAAAAAUACACUAUAUUAAGGCAAGAGAAAGAGCAAGAACGCCGUUGGCUGCGGGACCAGAAGAAACUCCAGGGGCAGCUUAUUGCAGAACAAGAGGCACUUUAUGGGUCAAAACCGAGCCCUUCAAAGACCCAGAUGGCGAAGAAAGCUCCGAGGAUGUCAACUGGGGGUGCAAGCAGUAGAAGACUCUCACUUGGAGGAGCUAUGAUUCAAACACCUAAACCAAAUCAUAUUCAUUCCGCUAAGGGCACCCCUCACUCACGUGCGCCUGCGAAGAAUGAUCGGUUCCACCAAAAUGAUCAAUUCAAUCACCAUGAUAACAGCUUUGCAGGUUUAUCAGCAGGCAGGAGAGGAUUGGAUGUUGCUGGUCUUCCGGCGAAGAAGCACUCAUUUGAUUCUGCUAGUGCUCGUGAACCCGAGUCACCAAUGAUUCGGAAACCUUUCUCGCCGAUAUCCACCAGAGUCCCAACAAAGACUGACUUGACAAACAUUUUAGACGAUGCGGCCAAUCCAAAGCCCAAUGAGCUAUUCCACAAAAAUCUUGCAAGCAACAACAAUGCAUUCUCCACCCCCGUGAAGACCAUCUCGGCCAUAGAAGAGGAGAACAAGACUCCCAAAACAAUGCCCAUCCCCAUCCCAUCUACUCCUUCCACCAUAACAGUCCCCAUGCAGACUGCAGUUACACCAGCCCCCGCGUCUGUUCCCGUGCUCGUGGUGAAGGACAUUGUACCGGAAGAGAUAGAGUACUCAUUCGAGGAACGGAGAGCGGGGUUCGUGCUACCAGUAAUCCGAGUCUGAAACUUCAGACUGAUUCAACUCGAGUGUCAUUGCCUGAUGAUGUUGAAUUGGUUUAAUUGAAUUUCGGUAUGUCGAGGAACAGACUGAUUCAACUAGAGUGUCAUUGCCUGAUGAUAUUGAAUUGGUUUUAUUGAAUUUCGGUAUGUCGAGGAACCAUAUGGAAUGAUGCUCAAGUCAAAAUACAAUUUGGCGUUGGGGCUUCAAUGAUGAUGAUUUACGUCUAUUAAUUGUAAUUGACUCGUGUUGCUUUU